AUGGCAGCCUCUGACAAUAGUUUGAAACUACCUGUGCCAGACAGCUUUCCUGCAUUUCCUUACAAUCCCUAUCCAAUCCAGAUCGACCUCAUGCAACAUGUCUAUUCCUCAAUCGAGAACAGGCAAGUGGCUAUCGUGGAAAGCCCCACAGGAACUGGAAAGACACUGAGUCUGCUGUGCUCCAGCUUAUCGUGGCUAGCUGACGAGAAAGAACGCGUGAGGAAGGGCCAGCUACUUUCUCAGGCGCGCUCAGACGAACCUGACUGGGUGGCUGCACACACGAUGGAAAAGCGUCAGCGCGAGCUCGAGGCUCAAAACCAAGAGUACGAACAGAGGCUUGCCACUGCGAGGAAGAAGGAAGCCGCUUUGAAAAAGAAGGCGCGUGCCAAACGACUGAUGCCCGAUGCGGACCUGUCUGACGAUGACACGUUCCUUCCUGACGACGACGGGACAGAACCGGCGGAUGAGGGAGACAACUUCUCUCCUGCGGUCCGCGCUCUGAGGGAAAGUUAUCAGCGCCAGCCUUCAAUCCCAGAGGAACCCACUUGUACUAAGAUAUACUAUGCAUCUCGUACACACUCGCAGUUAUCUCAAAUCCUCCCCGAGCUUCGAAAACUCAAAUUCAAACAUUCGUCGCCUCCUAGAAGCAACGACGACGACGACGAAAAUGAUUCACAGCAAGACGAUCAAAAAUACUACAAGUGGAGAACGGUUUCCCUUGGAUCUCGUAAACAGCUGUGUAUCAACGAUGCUGUGAAACUUAAACACGGUGAUCUUGACGAGAGAUGUCGCAAACUGCGUGAGGAGAAAGCUGAUAAACGAUGCGAGCACUUGCCUGGAGCGGAGGACGAGCUUCGUAUGCUUGAAUUACGAGAUCAGAUUUUAGCGACUCCUAAAGACAUUGAAGAUCUCGCGGCCGCAGGUCGGAAUGCUCUCACCUGUCCUUACUAUGGCUCAAGACGAGCGAUUCCCCAAGCUGAACUAGUGACCCUCCCUUAUAAUCUACUCCUUCAAAGACCUGCUCGUGAAGCUCUCGGAAUCGACCUGACGGACCAGAUAGUCGUCAUCGACGAAGCCCAUAAUUUGAUACCCACUUUACUGGCACUAUCGAGCACGCGUCUUACCCGUCGCACGCUAUCCACAUCCCUACACCAGCUCUCCGUCUACUUCCAAAAAUUCCGGAAUCGUCUCUCGGCAGGCCAUGUCCUCCACCUAAAGCGUCUCAUCACAUUUCUAGAGGCGGUUCAGAAACAUAUCGCCGAGUGGAAGAGCUCGAAGGAUGGAGUUCAGAAGCUGAGCGAUAAGGUGGAAGUGAUGACGCCGCAGGAGUUUGUUCAGAGGCUUGGGAGGAAAGUCGACGGUAUCAACCUCCUUGAGAUCGAGACAUAUCUCAGAAAUAGCAAGGUCGCUAGGAAAAUUUCAGGCUAUUGCGAGAAGGUUGCGGGCGUGUCGCCGUUGCAUGAUUCGAGCGCUGGUGAUCACAUCGCUGCUGCCGCCCCUCUUCUUGUGGUAGAAGGGUUCAUGCAGAGACUUGCUGCUGCGAGUGAAGAUGGUCGGAUCAUUCUAUCUAUCAUAAAAACCUCGGAUGGCGACGACGUCGAGGUCAAAUACCAACUGCUCAACCCUUCUACCAUCUUUCGCGAUGUUGCCGAUGUUUCUCGAUGUGUCGUUCUUGCUGGAGGAACUAUGUCUCCCAUACAAGAUGUGGUCAACCAGCUCUUUGCUUAUUUCCCCACAGAGAAAUUGUCGACGUUUUCUUGUGGUCAUAUUAUACCUGCAUCGAACAUACAAGCCCUCGUAGUCGGUAAGGGACCGCGAGGAGGUGAUCUCGAGUUCAACUACCGCGGACAAAGCGACAAGCAAAUGAUAGCAGAGCUUGGCCAAAUCAUCUUUAACCUCUGCAGCAUCGUCCCCGGUGGCCUGGUAGUGUUCUUUCCUUCUUACUCCUACUUGAAUGUAGUGAAAGAGGAAUGGGGUUCUACCCGAAUGCUCGAGAAGUUUGAAGGGAAGAAGAAGGUCUUCAUGGAACCGCCAGACAGUUCGGAGGUCGAAGCCGUCUUGCGCGAGUAUGCGGUGGAGGCACGAUCUUCUAAUGUACGACCAAGAGGGAGAAGAGCCGGAGCCGUCCUCUUUGCUGUUAUCGGCGCAAAGCUCUCCGAGGGACUCAAUUUCUCCGACGAACUCGCCAGAGCCGUCGUCAUCGUCGGUCUCCCUUUCGCGAACAAGACCUCUCCUGACCUACGGGAGCGCAUGAAAUAUGCAAACGAGAUGGAGGCCAGAAGGGGCGUGAAGAGAAAUCAUGGGGAGAAAGAUGCAGCGUCGGAGUUGUAUGAGAAUAUGUGUAUGAAUGCUGUGAAUCAGAGUAUCGGACGGGCGAUACGACAUCGUUCGGACUGGGCUUCUCUGAUUUUAGUCGAUCGUCGAUAUCGAUCUUCUGCUAUACAAGCUAAACUACCACGGUGGAUUGCUAGUGGCAUCAUGGCUACGGAGACGUUCGGACAGACGGUGAAGCAAUUGGGUACUUUCUUCCGUGAUAAGAGAUCGUAG